GAAGCACAAAUACCAGCGUGAUUUGCCAUCAGCAGCAACAACUUGUGGCACUCCUGUUACAUCAUCCUAUGGACAACUUGCAGCACUGUGCUGAACCUGUGAAGGCUACCGACAGGCUUCAUUUCACACCUGCAACACCAUUUCACUCGGAGCUUAACUGUAGCAAGAGCUGUGAAUUUAAUGCAAGUCUUGCUUUGCAACAAGGUCCGGUAGUACACCAGCCAUCUUGUACAAUGGACAAACCAUUUAAAUGUCCUGAAUGCAAUAAAUAUUUUUCAACCAGAAGUUCUCUAACUCGCCAUCAGACUAUUCAUGUGGGGAGCAAACCAUAUCAGUGUACUGAGUGCAGUAAAUGUUUUACACAGAGUUCUACUAUGAAGCGCCAUAUGGCUAUUCACACAGGAGAAAAACCAUACAAGUGUACUGAAUGCAGUAAGUGUUUUACAGAAAGUUUUAAUUUGAGAAGUCAUACAGCUAUUCAUACAGGAGCAAAACCAUACAAGUGUACUGAAUGCAGUAAGUGUUUUACAAAGAGUUUUACUUUGAGAAGUCAUAUGGCUAUUCACACAGGAGCAAAACCAUACAAAUGUACUGAAUGCAGUAAGUGUUUUUCACAGAGUUCUAAUUUGAAGCACCAUAUGGCUAUUCACACAGGAGCAAAACCAUACAAGUGUACUGAAUGUAGUAAGUGUUUUACACAGCGUUCUAAUUUGAGAAGUCAUAUGGCUAUUCACACAGGAGCAAAACCAUACAAGUGUACCAAAUGUAGUAAGAGUUUUUCACGUAAAUGGAGAAUGAUACACCACCGAGGCACUCACACAGAAGUCCUGAUGGAGAGAUGAAAAGUCAGCAAGCAAAGGAGUGUAGUAGUGCUGAAAUUGAAUUCAUCCUCAAGUUUU